AUGUUUCUUAUGAUAAUAUUCAGCACAGCCUUACGCAGCAAGCGCUCAGAACUCAUUUUCAGCACAUCGCUUAUCCUGCAGGACAAAGCGUCACCCCACAAAAGUAAAAUUGUAAAGGAGCUACUGGAGGGAUACGGCUGGGAGGUGCUUGAUCAUCUUCCGUACUCGCCAGAUCUUUCAGUCCCUGAUUUCGAUAUGUUUCCAAAAUUGAAAGAACCACUUCGAGGAAUCCGUUAUGAUAGUUUAGAUGAACUAGAGUGUGCCGUGAACGGGCUACGUGUUCAAACAUCGGCCAUCAGCGAUCUAAAGGAGCAGAUAAAAAAAGCUCAAUCAACAGAAGAUGGUUCAGCUUAUACUAGGUGGGGUAAAUCUUCAUGUCCUGGUAACGGCACAGAGACUAUAUAUACUGAACUUGUUGCGGGGGCACACUAUACACACAAAGGUGGAGCUGCCAACUACCUGUGUUUAACACAGCAACCAUCUUGGAACAAGUAUAACGACGAAGAACAAGCCGGCGGACUUGUCUACGGCGCUGAAUACGAAAUUAAUUUUCGAAGCCGACAGCAUUUCUUUGGUCGUGAAAUAACUGAUGAGGAUCCACCCUGUGCUGUUUGCCGAACUGAACGGCCAACCGUAAUAAUGAUUCCUGGCAGUCGACAAUGCCUCGAUGGCUGGACAAUGGAAUACCAUGGCUACUUAAGCAGUGGGUUUUACGGUCAUGAUGCAGCUUCCGAAUAUGUGUGUCUAGAUGUCGAUCCGGAAGCAAUUUUGGGCGGAACAUCUGAUAAUGAUGGCAAGCUGUUCUACCUGACGGAAGUCCGAUGCGGUGCCUCCUCGCUUUGUCCGCCUUAUGUGAACGGUCGAGAGCUUACGUGUGUUGUGUGCUCCAAAUAA